UAUGUUUCGCUCGGAGAGAUCUCGAUUCGUUACCCUAAAUAUGCAAUAUGAAAGCGUAGGAAGUGGAAUCGGAAAAAAUAGAAUAAAAGGUAAAGAAGAUAGCUAUGUUCAUUACGCAGGAACUGAUUCCCUACUCACUGAAGAAGAUUAUAAAACCUACCCUGAUUUACAUAUGCUACCUUCAGUAGCGGGGGCUGUUGUUAUUGUCUACCAUCUUCCCGGGGUUAGUGACUUAUUUCUAACUCAAGAAAUAGCUGUUGGAAUAUUUAAUGGUACUAUCAAGAACUGGAAUAGUUCUCUUAUACAAGACUAUAACAGAAACUUCUCAUUACCGAACGAAAAGAUUCGAGUCAUUGUACGAAAGGAUAAAUCUGGAACGACUGAAAUAUUUACGAGUGGACUAGCAUCAUUUAGUUCGCAGUGGAAUUCUACUUACGGCGUUUUUGCUAGAUCUUCUCACUGGUCAGAAGACGUAGUAUAUUUGAAGGGUCAGGGAAAUAGGGGAGUAAGUGGCCUAAUUUUAAGUUUGCCCUAUACUAUAUCAUACCUUAGUAUUUCUGACGCAAAAGAAGCAAACUUAAAAUAUGCUGAGCUAAGGAAUAAAGACGGUGAAUGGGUAGAUGCAAGAUAUCAGAAUGUUCAGUCAGCAAUGACAAAUUUUUCCAAGGAUAUGGAUGAAAGACUGACCAUAUCGUUAUCUAAUGCAGGAGGUAAAAGUUCAUAUCCUAUUGCAGGAUAUACAUAUCUAAUUGUAAGAAUGAAAGGCCUUAAGGACUGCGAUCCUGCAGUAGAAUUAUGGCGAUACAUAGAGUGGUUUACUACAAAUAAUGCUGCACAUAGAGAAUGCAUCAACAAACAUAUGACACCCUUAAAUAGAGAAGUAGCUGCUCUUGUAAAAAAAAUUGUGUUGGAUAAAAUGUUUUGUGGUGAAGGGAAUGCCGUGUCGGAAUUAGUUGCUGACCAAAAAAACUCUGAAUAUCUGUCCUUACAAGUCUGGCGAAUACCUGCCAUUGUUUCCGGUGUUGUUGUUGGCUUCCUUAUUUUGCUUUUGAUGUCCUACAUAAUCGUACAGCAAUAUCAGCUAAGUAGAGCGUUGUCCAGAAACGAUUGGUUCAUAUCAAACGAGAAAAUAACACUUACCGGAAACACUUUAGAGGCUUCGUCUUUGGGCAGUACCUAUUCAGCCCCUCACUCAACUGGUGUAAAUAAUGUCAAAACUUUAAAACUUGCUUUCCUUGACACUCAAAUGAUUUGCUUGCGUUCAAGUACACUAAAAGAUGUAAAAGAAUUGAAAAAAUCCGCUUGCCGGCAGUUGAUGUGGCUCAAGCUAAAUGUUCAAAACAAUAACAUUCAAAAGUUUUUUGGCGUUUGCCAUCUAGGCGAAAGAGUUUGGUUUGUUAGUGAAUAUUGUUCAAAGGGAUCACUCUCGGACGUUCUUUUAGAUGAAAAGUAUAAUUUAAAUGACAAUUUCAAAUAUAGUAUGUCAAUAGAUAUUGCAAAUGGAAUGGCCUAUCUCCAUUCUCUUGACAUAAUUCACUUACAUCUAUCAUCGCAUUGUUGCUACAUUGAUGCUAAAUGGUCUGUAAAAAUAUCUGAUUGGGAAUGGAUUACUUUCCACGGAAAACAGGUCUCUCACAAUCAAGUAAGCCCAUUACAAGAAGAGCUUAGCGAAGAGGUUUUAGAGAAGAGAAAAUUUUGGUUGUCUCCCGAAAGGCUAUUACAUAAAUCAACUACUCCUACGAAACAGAAUGACAUUUAUAGCUUUGCAAUAAUAUUAAUUGAAAUUUUUACGAGGGACGAACCAUAUCAGGAGUUGGAUCAGACACCACAAAAAAUAUUGGAAUUAAUCAUCCAUGAAAAUCUUAGACCAAAAAUUAAUCCCAACUGGAACAAAAAACUCGUUUCUAUAUUAUGUUCGAGCUGGGACGCUAAUCCAGAAGCAAGGCCACCUUUUCGUAGAAUUAAAAAAGAGUUGACUGGAGCUGCACCUUCAAGAAAAUCAGUUUUGGAUUGCAUGAUGGAAGCGGUAGACAACUAUUUAAAAGAAUUAGAACAACGUGUAGAAGAGAGAACGGAAGAAUUGGCAAAGGUAAUGGAACAGCAAAGAUCACUUCUCCACGAAAUUCUGCCGCCGGAUGUAGCUGAUAAACUGUCGUGUGGUCAAUCAGUACCACCUGAAUAUUACGAUUCUGUUACGAUUUACUUUUCAGAUAUAGUUGGUUUUACAGAGAUAUCAUCAUCUUCAACUCCCAUGCAAGUUAUUACUUUAUUAAACGAAUUAUAUUCACGAUUUGAUAAAAUAAUUGGUUCCUUUGAUGCGUAUAAAGUUGAGACAAUUGGAGAUGCCUAUAUGGUGAUAAGUGGUUUACCGAAAAGAAAUUGCGAUACCCAUGUUGUUGAGAUUGCAAGACUAUCCGUUGAACUUCUUGAAUCUGCCAUGACAAUGCAGCUUCCUCAUAGAAAGGAGGAACAUCUUGCUCUAAGAGUUGGCAUUCAUACAGGGCCUGUAAUGGCAGGUAUUGUCGGUCUUAAAAUGCCAAGAUACUGUCUCUUUGGCGAUACUGUUAAUGUUGCCUCACGAAUGGAAAGUACCUCUGAACCAGGGAAAAUUCAAAUGUCGCCAACUUCUGCCGAGUCGCUAAAAGCCUUUAAACUAGAUAAUUUAAUGAUAAUUCCACGAGGAACUUUGGAAAUAAAGGGAAAAGGACAAAUGGAAACUUUUUGGUUAACGAAGCGAAAAGCUUGA